UCGAAUUUUCGGUUCCAGCAGGAGAAUUGCGAUGAUGUUCGCGAUAAGCCUUGCUUCGCUCUCGUUGAUGGUGGCAUUCACUGAAGCUGCUGAUGUCCUCAGUAACUCAGUGGUAACAAACAUGUACCAAGGCUGCGGAGUCACGACUGGGUGCUUGGGUCUCACAGACACCUUCAAGUGGUCCAUCGGGGAUUCCGUUCGUUGUAUCGAAAACCAAAACUGUCAUGCUUUGGCAGUCUUCAAUUCGACCCGAGUUCCGGACGAAGAUGAGGUCGACUUCACAUUUUUCGUUAGGAUCGGGAAUGUCACCAACCAGUAUGUGGCCUUGGGAAUUUCAGACAAUGACAAAAUGGGAAGUGACACUGUCGUCGUUUGCAAGAGUUCCGACACUGAGCCCUUCAUUCAAGCGGUGCCUUAUUUCAACAAAGAAAAAACCCCUACUGUAUUGGAAUCUCCGCCAGAGGGCUCUUAUAUUCAUCCCAUGGCAAUAUACGAUGGAGAACACCUGGUCUGCGGCUACAGCAGGAAGCUGGACACGACUGUUGAGGGAACAGCGUUCAAUCUUUCGUCCAAUCAAUACCAUCUCCUCUUUGCAACAGGGCAACUGAAUAUGGCUGAUGUAAAUUUACCUAUCCGGACGCAUACCAAGAAGGUUGCUCUGCCUAAACUGAAUUUGACAGUGCCUUGGAGUCCCGAAACACCCGUUGACGAAUUUUACGAAAAUUGUUGGAUGGACAGAGGGUGCUUCGGAUGCACCAAAGACUUCAAGUGCUACACUCAAGACGGCUGUUUCCGGGAAAGGAACUGCAUUUACGUCAUCAAUUACGAGAGAAUUACUGAUGAUUCAGUUCGGUUCAGCUUUCUUUACGACGUGGGCAGUGACGAGGACGUUACAACCCCUCAAUGGGUCGGCAUUGGAAUUUCUCCCGACAGAAUAAUGGUACUUUUCGAAUUUUAG